CUCCGGUUGCUCCUUGCCCCGCCCCAUCAUUGUCCCCAUCCGCGUCUUUUCCCUUACGUCCCCAAAGCUUUGAGAGCUGCUGGCUUCUCCUGGUGCUCAGAGUCUCUCCACCUUCGGUGGGUCAGACGAGCAGGAUGGAGGGCUGCCUGGGGGAGGAAUCUUUUCAGAUGUGGGAGCUCAACCGGCGCCUGGAGGCCUACCUGGCCCGGGUCAAGGCGCUAGAGGAGCAGAAUGAGCUGCUCAGCGCGGAGCUCGGGGGUCUCCGGGCACAGGCCGGGGAUGCCUCCUGGAGGGCUCGUGCCGACGACGAGCUGGCGGCCCUACGGGCCCUCGUCGACCAGCGCUGGCGGGAGAAGCACGCGGCCGAGAUGGCGCGCGACAACCUGGCAGAAGAGGUGGAGGGCGUGGCGAGUAGGUGCCAGCAGCUGCGGCUGGUCCGGGAGCGGACCGCGGAGGAGGUGGCCCGCAGCCGGCGUGCGGUCGAGGCCGAGAAAUGCGCCCAGGCCUGGCUGAGCACCCAGGCUGCGGAGCUGGAGCGCGAGCUGGAGGCUCUGCGCGCGGCGCACGAGGAGGAGCGCGCCGGCCUGAACGCGCAGGCUGCCUGCGCCCCCCGCGGCCCCGCUCCGCCCCGGGGUCCCCCCGCGCCGGCCCCCGAGGUGGAGGAGCUGGCUCAGCGGCUGGGCGAGGCGUGGCGUGGGGCAGUGCGCGGCUACCAGGAACGCGUGGCGCACAUGGAGACGUCGCUGGGCCAGGCCCGCGAGCGGCUGGGCCACGCGAUGCAGGGCGCCCGCGAGGGUCGCCUGGAGCUGCAGCAACUCCAGGCAGAGCGCAGCGGCCUUCAGGAGCGCAGGGCCGCGCUGGAGCAGAGGCUGGAGGGUCGCUGGCAGGAGCGGCUGCGGACCACUGAGCAGUUCCAGCUGGCCGUGGAGGCCCUGGAGCAGGAGAAACAAGGCCUCCAGAGCCAAAUCGCCCAGGUCCUGGAAGGUCGGCAGCAGCUGGCACACCUCAAGAUGUCCCUCAGCCUGGAGGUGGCCACAUACAGGACCCUCCUAGAAGCAGAGAACUCGCGGCUGCAGACCCCUGGAAGCGGCUCCAAGACUUCGCUCAGCUUUCUGGACCCUAAGCUGGAGCUACAUUUCCCUGGGACCCCAGAGGGCCGGCGUCCGGGACCUCUGCUUUCUGUCCUGAGCCCUACUCCCCUCUCCUCACCUUUGCCUGGUACCCUGGAAACACCUGUGCCAACCUUUCUGAAGAGCCAGGAAUUCCUUCAGGCCCGCACCCCGACCUCAGCCAGCACCCCCAUCCCACCCACCCCUCAGGCUCCCUGCCCUGCUGUAGAUGCCGAGAUCAGAGCCCAGGAUGCCCCUGUGUCCCUGCCCCAACCACGUGUUGGGAGGCAACAGGUGCCAGAAGUCAUGUGGGCUGAAGCCAAGGUGGCCGUCCCUGCCAGCAUCCUGCCGGGACCAGAGGAGCCUGGGGGCCAGCAACAAGAGCCCAGUCCAAGCCUGUCCCCUGAAGAUCGUGCCUCCCUGGCUCCAGCCCUCAGCCCUGACCACUCCAGUCUAGAGACCAAAGGUGGAGAAGCCAGUGGGUCUAGAGAGUCCAGCAGAUCCCAGGAGGAAGAUGAAGGCCAACUCUGGGGGCUGGCAGAGAAAGAAACAGUGGUAGAGGUCAAAGCAGUGAGCAGCUUGGAGCAGGAAACUUGGCAAGAAGAGGCGGGUCUGGACAGGAAAGAAAUCCAAGAUGCCCAGGGCCCUUUGGAAAAAGAAGCUGUGAACUCUCUGGAAGAAGAGAUUCAAAAGCCAUCGAUUCCACUGGGAAAACAGAGCCAUGAGACUGUAAGAGCUCUAGAGAAGGAGAGUCUGGAAUCUCUGAGGUCUUUGGAAGAAGAGAACUUAGAAACACUAAAAAUACUAGAAAAGGAGAAUCAAGAAUUGUUGAAGUCUUUAGAAGCAAAGGAGACGGAGGUAGUGAGAUCUUUAGAAAAAGAGACUCUAGAACUACUUAAGCCUAUAGGAAAAGAGGAUCCACAGACAUUGCCAUCUCUAGAAAAGGAGAAUCAAGAAAUAAUGAGGUCUCUUGAAGUUAAUGGAGAGACAUUUUUAUAUCCAGGAAAGGAAAAUCAAGAAUUAGUGAGGUCUUUAGAAGAGGAGAACAUUGAGUCAUUGAGAACUCUAGAAAAGGAGAGUCAAGAGCCACUGAGAUGUCAAGAAGUAGAGAACCAGGAAACACUGAGACUCCUAGCCAAAGAGAAUCAAGAGCCAUUGGGGUCUCUAGAAGAAGAAGACCAGGAGACAUCAAGACCUCUAGGGAAAGAGAAUCACGAAUCCCUGAGGGCUCCAGAAGAUGAGAAUCAUGAGGCUUUGAGACCUCUAGAAAGAGAAAACCCAGAGUCACUGAGCUGUUUGGAAGAAGACCAGGAGGCAAUGAGACCUCCAGAAAAAGAAAACCAGGAGCUGCUGAGGUCUCUAGAAAAAGAAAACCAGGAGCCGCUGAGGUCUCUAGAAGAAGACCAGGAGGAAAUAAGAGCUCUAGAAGAAGACCAGGAGACAGUGACACCUCUAGAAAAAGAAAAACAGGAAUCACUAAGGUCUCUAGAAGACCAGGAGGCAAUGAGACCUCUAGAAGAAGAAAGCCAGGAGCCGCUGAGGUCUCUAGAAAAAGAAAAAGAGGAGGCAAUGAGGUCUCUAGAAAACCAGAAUGCAGUGAGACCUCUAGAAGAAGAAAACCAAGAGCCACUGAGGUCUCUAGAAAAAGUAAAAGAGGAGGCAAUGAGACCUCCAGAAGAAGAAAACCAGGAAUCACUGAGAUCUCUAGAAGACCAGGAGGCAAUGAGAUCUCUAGAAGAAGAAAACCAGGAGCAGCUGAGGUCUCCAGAAAAAGAAAAACAGGAGGCAAUGAGACCUCCAGAAGAAGAAAACCAGGAGCAGCUGAGGUCUCUAGAAAAAGAAAAACAGGAGGCAAUGAGAUCUCUAGAAGACCAGGAGGCAGUGAGAUCUCUAGAAGAAGAAGGCCAGAUGACAUUGAGCCCUCUAGAAGAAGUGAAACCAGAGACACUAAAGUCUCUUGGAAAAGAUCAGGAGAUAGUUCGACCUCUUGAAAAAGAGAAUCAAGAGUUAUUACGGUCCCUAAAUGAAGAGAGUAUAGAGGCAGUGAGGUCUUUAGAAACGGAGGCUCCAGAACUACUAAAGCCUACAGAAGAUGAAAACCUGGAAAUACUGAAACCUCUAGAAAAGGAAAAGGAAAGUCAAGAGCCACUGGGGUCUGUGGAAGGGAACCACGAGACACUGAGACCCCCAGGGAAGGAGAAUCAAGAGUCCCUGGGCUCUCUGGCAGAGUGGAACACAGAGAAUUUGCAGUCUCUAGAGGAGGCUGACAAGGGAAGUCUAAGGCACUUGGAAGAGGAAGAGAUCGUGGAGAAGGAAGAGAGUCAGGCGUCACUGAGGCCCCUGGAGGAGCAGGGGCAGGAGCUGCCACUCUCUGCACAGCAGCAGACGUGGGGAGAUGCAAUGCAGCGGGACCAAGAACUGGAUCAGGACCAGCCCCUGGGGAGGGCUGGAGUGGACAGUGGGGAUGGGGCAGAGCUGGAACUGGAAGAACGGGAUAGCUUCCCUGCGGAGGGGGAGGUGGUGGAGCAGGGGCAGCUGCAGCUGACAGCCACAGGUGAGGCCUGGGGCCUGGGUGAGGGGCAGCCAGGCAGCCCUGAGCCCAAAGAGCAGAGGCUCCCAGCUGAGGGCACCGGAGGGGCAGGAGGCGCUGGGGGCCUCCAGGACCCCGAGGAGCAGCCAGAGCAGGUGGGGGCCUUGGGCCUCCCGGCUGCCCAGGGAAUGUCAGAGGUGAUGGAGCCCGAGUUGGAAGAUGAGGGUGUGGCCCCGGGGGGUGGCCAAGCCUCCCCAGAGGUCACCUUGGAGUUAGAGAGGGCCAUGGGCAGGUCUGCGGGAGUGGAACGGGGACUCCAGCAGGAGGCAGUAAGGCUGGAGGACCCAGGUAGCCUGGCCAGAGAGGAGGCAACGGAGCCACCCCUGGGGGAGGGAGGUGUGGAGGCAAAGAAGGUACAGGGCUUGGAAGGGCCCAGAAAGGAGCUGGAGGAGGCAGGCACUCUGGAGUCUGAGGUCUCCACACUGCCGGGCAAGAGCAGAGACCCACUGGAGACUCCUAGGGACUGGGAGGAGUCAGAAUCUGGGGCCCCUGGGAAAAUAGAAGAGCCAGUCUCAGCUGAGACCUUGUGCCACGAGGGAAGUGAUACCCCCCAGCCCAGGCCCCUGGGGUCAGAGGGAGCCGAGGAGGAUGCCAAAUCGCUGCUGGGGCCCCCCAGUCUGAGGCCCACUGAGUCCUGCUCAACCAGCCUAAUCCCUGAAGAUGCCCCUGGGCCCCAGCCCCUGGCUGAGGGGAACCAAGAGGCCAGCUGGGGGCUGGAGGGUAGGGCUGAGGUUCUGGGAAAGGCAGAGGGUGAGCAGGAGGAUCUGGGCUCUGGGGGGAUCCCUGAGGGCCUCCAGGAGGAAGGGGAGGAGAGCAGAGAAGAGAGCGAGGCGGAUGAGCUAGGGGAGACCCUUCCUGACUCCACUCCCCUAGGCCUCUACCUCAGGUCCCCCGCUUCGCCCAAGUGGGACCUGCCUGGAGAGCAGAGGCCCUCCCCUCAAGGGGAGCCCGGAAAGGAAGGCUGGGGUCCUGCGGUCCCAGCCUCCAAGGGCCUUGGGGCCCAGCCCUCAGAGGAGGAAGAAGAGGAGGGAGCUGAGGAGGAACGUGGCCGUGACUCUGAGCUGUCGGAAGAGUUUGAGGACCUGGGGACUGAGGCUUCUCUCCUUCCCGGGGUCUCCGGGGAGGGGGAAGGGGAAGAACCCCUGAGCCAAGUGCCCCAGCUGCUCCUGGAGCCUGCAGCCUGGGAUCCUGAUGGAGAAUCUGACGGAUUUGCAGAUGAAGAGAGCGGGGAGGAGGGAGAGGAAGAAGAGGGGAGGGAGCCAGGGCCAGGGCGCUGGGGGCCAGCGCCCUCUGUGGGCAGCCCCCCCACCCCGAGCGGCCCUCAGGGAGGACCCCUCCUGGGGUCUGAGACUGUGGGUGUCAGUGUGCCCCCCUGGGACAAUGUCCCAGGGGGCGCAGCACCCGACCCCCCCAUGACUGCCCUGGAGACCGAGUCCCAGAACAGCACUGAGGCCUCGGGCUCAGAGGAGGAGUCUGAUGCUGCUCCCCUGGAGCCGGAGGACCAGGCCCCUGGCCCUCUGGGGACCCUCAGUGGGGUGGAGGACACCCUUGAUGGUGGUGGCCCAGGCCCCAGCCUGAAGGAAGAGCUGGAGCGCGUGAAUGGGGGCGUGGUGAACGGGCUGGAGCAGUCCGAGGGGGGAGGCCAGGGGAAACCGGGGGCGGCUGGGGGGGACCGAGGGAGCCCCUCAGAGGAGGAGGGGGCUUCCCUGAAGGCCCCUUGGGCAGGGGCUCCUCUUCACCUGGGCCAAGGCCAGUUCCUGAAGUUCAGUCAGAGAGGAGGUGAUGGAGACUCCUGGUCCUCAGGGGAGGACUAGAGAGAGCUCUCCCGCACGGAGGCAUUGGGCGGAGGGGCGUGCCCGACCCCCUCCCUGCUCGGGGCAGCACCCUUAACCUGCACUCUCUUGACCUGUGGUUUCUAUCCCAGAGGCCCGGCUGGCCAAGGGGAAACGGGUGUGGCAAAGGGGCCCGGUCCAAGCGUGGAGACUCCGGGAAUAGAUGCCAGCCCCCUGGCCUCUGCAUAGCAGGGACAGCCUGCCUGCACUGUCCCGUGGGGCUGAAGCCAACUGAAUCUGUAGGACUAGUCCCUCCUUCCCACUGCAGCUCCUUUCCUCCCAUCCCAUUAGCUGGGAAAGGCCAGGGCUCAGCGGCCCCUCCAAAGGGAGGGGCUGUGGUGGUGCGUGUGCCAGGGCUUGCCAGCUCUGCCCUUCCUCCCUGCACCCUCAUGAGAUGGUUGGCCGGUGGCUAAUGAGGGUGAGGGGGUGCUCCUGGGUUCUGACCCCCCCCAUAGACCUGCCAUGUUAUGGCCCCGUCUGCCUCAUCCCUGCCUGAAUAAAGUAAUGCCUCCGCCUACAAA